CCCCUUUCCUGUGCCCUGGGGGGGGAGCCUGACCCACUGUGGUAGCGUGUAUCUGGUGAGCAUCAUUCUCCAGGACUUGGGGACGGUGGGGAGCUGAUCCCCCCCCAUCUACCCUCCUCUGUUAGUCUGAGACCAAGGAUCUGGCAGCUCUUGCUUUGACCUACCAGGGUGACCGGGCCCCCCUGCCAUGUCCACCGAGAGCUCCCCCCUCCUGAGUUACCGGCUCUUCAGUGUGGUGGAUGAGGGGGAGAUGCCGGGGACCCAGGAAGAGGCCCCCCUGGUGGGGGGGGACAUGGGAGGCGCCGCGGGCCCCCCGCACCCCGAUCCGGCCCGCCGGCUCUCCACCUUCUUCGGCGUCGUGGUGCCCACCGUCCUGUCGAUGUUUAGCAUCGUCGUCUUCAUGCGUGUGGGGUUCGUGGUGGGGCACGCCGGGUUCCUGCAGUCGCUGCUCAUGCUGGUGGUGGCGUAUGUCAUCAUCUUGCUGACCGUCCUGUCCGUCUGCGCCAUCUGCACCAACGGCGCCAUCCAGGGGGGCGGGGCCUACUUCAUGAUCUCGCGGACGCUGGGCCCCGAGUUCGGGGGCAGCAUCGGCCUCAUGUUCUACCUGGCCAACGUCUGCGCCUGCGGGGUCUACAUCCUGGGGCUGGUGGAGGCCGUGCUGGACGUCUUCGGGGCAGAGGGAACGGACCCCCCCGGCGCCCGCGCCCUGCCCCAGGGGUAUUUCUACAGCUUCCUCUAUGGGUCGGUGGUGCUGCUGCUCUGCCUGCUGGUCUGCCUGGUGGGGGCCCGGAUCUACGCCCGGGCCGCCUUCCUCAUCUUCCUGGCAGUCAACCUGGUGCUGGUGGCCAUUUUCGUCAGCUUCGUGGCCGUGGCGCCCCGCCAGGUCCCCGUCGCCCGGGACGCCAACCACACCUUCAACGCCAGCUUCACCGGCUUCCGCCUGGCCACCCUGCGGGCCAACCUGCCGGCCAUGUACUCCCGUGAUUACACCACCAACAACGUCAUGACGUUCGCCACCGUCUUCGCCGUCAUGUUCAACGGCUGCACCGGGAUCAUGGCUGGCUCCAAUAUGUCAGGGGAGCUGAGGAACGCCAGCAGCUCCAUCCCCAAGGGCACCAUCAUUGCUGUGGUUUACACCUUCGUCAUCUACUUCCUCCUAUUCCUCAUGACCAGCUUCACCUGUGAGAGGACACUGCUGAAGGAAGACUACGGCUUCUUCCGUUCCAUCAACCUGUGGCCGCCCCUGGUGCUGGUCGGGGUUUACGCCGCCUCCCUCUCGGCCUCCAUGAGCUCCCUCAUCGGGGCCUCCCGCAUCCUGCACGCGCUGGCCAAGGACGACCUGUUCGGCAUCGUCCUGGCUCCGGCCAAAAUCGUCUCCAAAGGGGGUAACCCCUGGGUGGCCGUUCUGUACACCUGGGCCCUGGUGCAGCUGGUGCUGUUUGCGGGGAAGCUGAACACCAUCGCCGGGAUCGUCACUGUCUUUUACCUGGUGGCCUACGCGGCCGUGGACCUGGCCUGCCUGGCGCUGGAGUGGGCGUCCGCCCCCAAAGUCCGCCCCACCUUCCAGCUGUUCAGCUGGCACACCUGCCUGCUGGGCAUCGCCAGCUGCCUGCUCAUGAUGUUCCUCAUCAGCCCGGCGGGCGCCUCGGGCAGCCUGGUGCUGAUGCUGGCGCUGCUGGGCUUCAUCCACCUGCGGGCGCCCGCCAGCUCCUGGGGCUACAUCAGCCAGGCCCUCAUCUUCCACCAGGUGCGGAAGUACCUGCUGCUCCUGGACGUGCGCAAGGAGCACGUCAAGUUCUGGCGCCCCCAGAUGCUGCUGAUGGUGGCGAACCCCCGGAGCGGGGCCCAGCUCGUCCGCUUCGUCAACGACCUCAAGAAGGGGGGGCUCUUCGUGCUGGGCCACGUGGAGAUCGGCGAGCUGGACACGAUGCCCUCCGACCCCAUCCAAGCUCACUACAAUUUCUGGCUCAGCCUGGUGGAUAAACUCAACGUGAAGGCGUUCGUGGAUCUGACCCUCUCGCCUUCAGUCCGACAGGGGACCCAGCACCUGCUGCGCAUCACGGGGCUCGGCGGCAUGAAGCCCAACACGCUGGUGCUGGGUUUCUACGACGCCUGCGUCCCCGACGACUACUUCCUCGGCGACCCGGCCUUCAGCCAGGCCCGGGAGAACGACCACUUCGGGGUGGACCUGCCGGCCCUGCAGGCCCACUUCCCCCCGGUGCGCGGGGCCGGCGCCCCCAAGGCCCUGCCCCCCGCCGAGUACGUGGCCAUGGUCUCGGACGCCGUGAAGAUGCACAAGAACGUCUGCCUGGCCCGGUACUUCCCGCGGCUGGACAAGGAGCGGCUCCUCUCCUCCAAGGCCGAGGGCUGCUUCGUGGACGUGUGGCCCCUCAAUCUCCUGCGCCCCGACACCCCGGCCUACGUGGACGUCUGCAGCCUCUUCCUGCUGCAGCUGGCCUGCAUCCUCACCAUGGUCAGCUCCUGGCGGGCCGCCGGCCUGCGGCUCUUCCUCUGCGUGGAGUCGGGCGACCGCGGCUGGCUGGCCAAGGAGGAGAAGCUCAAGGAGCUGCUCGGCAAGCUGCGGAUCAAGGCGGCCAUCCGGGCGGUCACCUGGGACCACGUGGUGGCCCUGCACGGGCCGCGGCCAGCGGCCGGCGAGCCCUUCCUCAACCCGGCCGCCCGCCGGGUGACGGACGAGUAUCUAGCAGCCGUCAACGCCUUGGUGCUGCAGCAAGGGGGGCAGGUGGCCGUCCGGUUCCUCUACCUGCCCCGGCCGCCGGCCGACACCUCCAUGUACGAGCGGUACCUGGAGCAGCUGGAGAUCCUCACCCGGGACCUGGGGCCGACGCUGCUAGUGCACGGCCUCACCCCCGUCACCUGCACCGAGCUCUGAGGGGGGGGCGCCCCUGCCCCCCCGGCCGUGCCGGAGGAGGACAGUGGGGCAGGACCUUGGAGAUGGGCUCCAGCUCCCGGCGAGGGCCUGGGGAACUCCUGGAGACCGCGGGCCAGGGAGUGCGGCCUGGAUCAGGGGGACCCACCUCCCGUGGGAUUAGCUGAGGGGGGGGGGGGCUGGCUUUAGAGCCCCCAAAUCCUAGUGCCUGUAAUGAGCAGGGGAGGAGAGACGCCCCCAAACUGAGGCUGCAGUAGGGGGUCUGUUUUCCCCUCAUUCAGCUUGUGCUGUACCCCAUUAUCUCUGCACCCCCACAUUCCUUUGCUGCUUCAAAAGGGGUCCCCAUUUUCCCCAGGUACCCCUAAAUCAAGGCACCCUACAUUCCUUCACUGCUUCGUAGGGGGUCCCCAUUUUCCCCAGGUACCCCCAAAUCGAGGCACCCCACAUUCCUUCACUGCUUGGCACUCCAAAAUGAAUGCACUCCACAUUCCUUCACUGCUGAGGGGGUCCCCAUUUUUUUCCCAAGUACCCCCCAAAUCACUGCACCCUGCCUUCUCAAUCUCCUCCCAUCACGGCUUGGGAGGGGGUCCCCUUUUUUCCCAUGGAUUCACUGAUCUCUUAUUCUUCCUCUGCACCUCAUUCAGGGCUUAGUGGGGGGGGGGGUUCCCCAUUUUUUUCCAGGCACCCUCAGAUCACUGCAACCUGAAUUCUCCAUCUCCACCACCCGGAUGCGGCGGGGUCCCCAGCUGCUCCUGCACCUCCAAAAAAAAAAAUCCUUCUCGGGGGUUUUGCCUCUUCUGCACUCCCCGGUCUCUCUUCCGUGGAGGCCCCAGGCCUCCCAAAGCCUGUUGCCUUAGCUCCGUGCCCCCCAACCUU